UUGAACUCUGCGGAGUUUGUUUUGAUGGAGCUCGACGUACUGGAAAUUUGUAAACAAUAACGAAUGCGGCCACUUGAAAGAUAGUAGUCUAACGACAAGGUAAACGAUGGACGAAAUCAACCUCCAUUACCGCUUUAUGAACUGGAGGCGGAGGAUACGGGAGGUGCGGGCCGUGCGGUACCGCGAGCGGUUCAAGAGGAUGAUGAGGGAUGGAGAAGUGCUCAGUUACCAAGGGAACUCUGAUGAAGUUGGCUGCUACGUGGCUCCAAGGCCGUUAUCCAAAGGAAACUGCUACUUUGAGGUGGGCAAUCACUCACCCACGGUGGCACCAUCUGCCCGAAGGGGAUGCGCUUCUUCAUCCAUGACCCGCCAUCCUCCUCUGGGCAAACAACAUGCAAGGCUGUACAAUGGGAACACUAUUGGACAGCAGUUUGGUCCCAAGUGUAACCGUGGCGAUCGUAUUGGCUGUGGGAUCUAUCUAGAGGCAUUCGAGGAUGGACAAACAACGGUCUUCUUCACCAAAAAUGGAAAAGAAUUGGGCACGGUGGUGGUCCCAGCGUCUCCAGAGGCGCUCUGCCCGGCCGUGGGGAUGCACUCCCUGGGGGAGGAGGUGCAGCUGGACCUGCAAGUGGAGUGGGGGAUGGAGAAGGAAGACGGACUGAUGAUAGUGGACAGCCACGAGGACGAGUGGAGGCGUCUCCAUGACGUCAGGGUCACCGGCUCGGAUUACCCCAAAAACAGACACCCUGGCUGGAGCAGGGGCUCCAUAGCCUAUCAUGCAGAUGAUGGGAAGCUCUUCCAGGGUAGUGGGGUGGGGGACGCCUUUGGCCCUCGCUGUUUUGAGGGGGACGUCAUGGGCUGUGGCAUCAUGUUCCCACGGGACUACAUCCUGGACAGUGGAGAUGACAGUGACGACGGGGACUCGGAGUUGCGGCCUAAGCAGCGGCGUGUCCAGAACGACCUCUAUAUGAACGACGAGGAGGAGGUUCGGGAGGAACUGGAGGGGGAGCAGGAGGGGAGGAAUGUCGUGGUGUUCUUUACACGGAAUGGGAAGGUGGUGGGCCGCAAGGAGGUGGCAGUGCCAGCAGGGGGGUUCUAUCCUACCAUCGGCAUGAUGAGCACCGGGGAAAAGGUCAGGGUGGACCUGCACCCCCUAAGCGGGUGAGAGGAGAGGGGGAGGAUGGAGUGAAGAGAGCAGGGACAUGACCAGAGAGAAGUGGCUCCAACACAGACAGACACACACACACACCACAAACUCGGAGGACAGGGCCAGCUCCAGGCAUAAGCGGUCGCUUAUGGCUCCAAGCCACUAGGGGGCCCCCCCAAAAAAUGUGGUUGUGCAUCAGCAAUUUUCCUCUUGGUAUGUCAGUCACUGACAGUCACUCAAUUAACCAUGUCAGCUAACUCUUUUUAGAUUGGUAAAUUAUUCUUGCCAGCUAUCUAAACUUGUAGUAAAUAUGGUCGAAUACUGACAGGUCACGCAGGAUGCAUGCCCAGCGGCCCAUUGCUUUUGUUAGUCACUUUCACUCAGAUAUCAUUAACAUGGCAAAAUGUGAAGAAUUACAGGAAAUUAACUUUAAAACAGAAAAAAAAAAUCUGCCCCAUGGCAAAAUGGGCAGAAUUGGCCAACAAAAUUUCGCUUAGGGCCCCAAUUGGCUAGAGGCCCUGUCGGGAGGAUGACGCUAGACCAAUAUGGGAGUUUAUUUGGAGUCGUCACAGUGCAGUAUCCCUCUUCUUCACAUCACUCCUGGAUCCAGCAUGUUGUCUGGGAAGUCCCACCUCAGUUUAGUUUACUCUGGGUUGACUCCUAUCAGUAGAGGAAACUCGUGCUACUAGAUAGUAUGAAGAUUAAUAUUAUUCAAAGCUGAUAUGUCAAGACUAUACUGUAUGGGUGCCUCAAAGUGCUUACUUUUAUCAUGUCAAUAAAAAAUGCUAGAACCAGUUUAAAGAGAUGCUGGACCAAUCCCAGGUCUUUAGCAACAAUCAUUCAAGUCAAGUCUUAUUAGUUCAACUAUAUUUUGAGAUUAUUAAAGGAAUGUAUUCAAAAUGCUGAAGAAAUGUAACCCACAGACAAGAAAUACAACUCUCAGGUAUGCCAAAAUCCAAAUGACGAUAACUAGGAUGUUGUGUUAUGUCAUUUCUUUCUAAGACUAUGAUAAUGCCAUAUCAUUUUAUAACGAGCACUUUAUUGUAGAUAUACUGUAUUAUGAUGCAUUACUACAGGCAUUUGAGGUUUAUUGUGGAAUUUAUAUUGUUACAUUACAUUUAUAUUGUGGAAUGACAGGUUAAAUGAAAAACUUAAUCAAGAUCUGCCUUUCUAGGCCAUUUUAAUUUGUUUUGAUUAAUCUUCUGUAAUAUCAGAACUGUACUCAAGCAAUGUGCUGAUUGAUUGUAUUUUAUGAUUUAAAAAACAGAAGAUCAUGCACUAACUGUUCCUGACCGAGUGUCAUUUGAUUUCAUAUUAGGUUCAUUUAAUCAUUGAUAUGAAUGUAUGUGUCACCUCUAAAUUGUGCACUUGUAUGCAAUGUUUAUAAAUAAAGAUGAGUAUCUAUUUAUAUAGGA